UCUUGUUUUUUUGCAAAUAAAAAAAAAACUAUUUUAUUAUAAAAUUCUUGCAUUAUAAAAAGUAAAAUUUACUAAAACUCUUGGUGCUAUAAAGUUAAAAACUUAUAUGCAGUUCGCAUUGAAUUGUUUUGUGAAACAAAAAUAGACAUGCAUCGAUGUUAGAUGAUCAAAAAAUAAUUGGAAACCAUCUAUAUUAUGCCCCGUGAACAUGCAGAUGGCAUUCGUAUAGCAGCCGAAGCAAUCUACAGCAACGCCCGCCCAAUGAAUCAUCGUGGACCCUAUCAACCGCAGUUCGACUACAAUCGAGCCCAUGCUGUUAACCUCCUCUCGGAAGAUUUCCUUGGUGGUUAUAUGCAAGAUGGACGAAUGUCGGUUGUUCGGAGAUUCUUUUGCUUGUUUGUCACAUUCGAUUUGUUUUUUGUGUCUUUCCUCUGGAUAAUAUGUAUUAUGCUCCAUGGUGGAACAAUAAUGGAUGCCCUCCAGAAACAGGUGGUGCACUAUACAAUCUACACGUCAUUGUUUGAUGUUGUGGGAACGGCCAUUUGUCGAUUUGUUGCCCUGGUUUUAUUCUAUGGACUUUUUUACAUGAAUCAUUGGUCGAUAAUUGCUUUAUCAACGACUGCUUCGUGCGCGUUUCUCAUCUCCAAAGUUUUCUUUUUUGAUUGGGUACAUUCACCAGAACCUGUAUUCGGAGUUGUUCUUGUUUUAACAUCCUUUGUGCUGUCUUGGGGUGAAGCAUGGUUCUUUGAUGGCAGAGUUAUACCUCAAGAGCGACAUGCGAGGAGUUAUCUUGCAGCUUUAUCGUCAAACGAUCGUUCACCACUGAUGGCUCCAUUUUUGGCCUCUGAAGGAGAACGACCCCCACCAGAGAGUGUGUUCUAUUCACCUUUUGAUACUAGGCAAAACAGUGAUGACGAAGAAGAACAGGAUGAAGACUACAGACAACAAGGUUUGGAAUGCGUUCGCAAGUGCUAUCAACUUCUAAAAGCAAGUGAUUGGAAGGUCGAAAAAGUAACACAAAAAAAUGAUACCAUUCAAAGUAUCAAUCGGGAGAAACUAGGCAAAAUAUACAGAUUAACUGGUCGUAUUAAGUUUCCAGCCAAGGCAUUACUUGAGGAACUUUUCUAUAAAAUCGAAGAUGUUCCCAAAUGGAAUCCAACACUGUUAGAAUCAAAAAUUCUUCGUAAAAUUAACACCUAUACAGACAUCAGUUACAAUGCUACCACCAGUGGAGGUGGUGGAAUUGUUAAAAGUCGAGACUUUGUCAACUUACGCUGCUGGCGGCUGUGUUGUGAUGGCAGAGUCAUCGAAGACAGUGACAGUGAAGAAUACAAAAACAAAGAAGAUGACGACGACGAUGAUGAGAACAUUCUAAAUCGAUCUUGUGAAGGAAGUGUUUCAACAAUCUCAGGAGACAAUGACUAUGUGCCAGGUGGUUCGGCAAAUUCAAAUGUCCGAACUUCUAGAAGUUCUAUGAAACUAGGGGAGAAUAUGUCUCCACCAAAUGCAGGAAUGUAUCGAACACUUAGUCAGAGUUUAGGAGCUAAAGGCUUUCAGGGACAUUUAGACUUUCCUGAUCCUCCUCCUUUGGAUGAGGAUUUCCACGAUGCUGAAGAAACUCCUGUGUCUGAAGUGAAGAAAUCGACUGAACCUCCGAAGGAGAAAGAUAGGAUCUAUGUUAGUGCUGCCAUAAGCAUUGUUUAUCCUGGUAUGCCACCAAUUCCUAAAUACACUAGAGGUGAAAAUCUUAUAUCUUGUUGGGCAAUGCGUGAGGUAGAGGGCAAGUCCGAUGUAUGCAUAUUUGAGUGGCUCCUUUGUUUAGAUCUUAAAGGCUAUAUGCCGCGAUAUGUCUUGGACAAUACAUACACAACAUUCAUGACAGACUAUAUGCUAUAUUUACGCAAAUAUGUUUGUGAACUUCGUGAAAAACGAAAGAGAAGUGCCUCUCAUCAUCGAUACUCAGCUACUGUAGAAGACGAUUAAAAUAUUUAAAUACAAAAAAA